AUGUCUGGAAACCCUUCACCUGCCUGGCUGGAAGCACACAAGAAUGACGAUCGUGCCCCGGGAAUCAUUGCAUGUGGCACAAUUUGUCUCGCAGUCUCAAUCAUGAUGGUUGUUAUACGACUCGUUUCACGGCGGAUUGUUAGAGCGACUCUAGAAUUGGAUGACUUUAUAAUUCUGAUCGCAAUAACAUUGAUGAUCGCGUUUUCGACUUUUCUCUUUCUCACAACGCGGUAUGGCAUGGGCAAACACAUCUACUUUAUUAGCAGCGCCAAGUUGCUGACAAUCUCUACCACGGCCGCUGAAGGCUUUUAUGUUCUCACCAUCAUGGCAAUCAAAUGUUCCAUUCUGAUGUUUUACCGCCGCGUGUUCCCACAGAAGUGGUUCCACAAACUCAUUUGGGUGAUGUUUGCAAUCGUUAUCGCAUACAACCUGUCCUGCUUCUUCGCUACUAUUAUGCAGUGCAUGCCGGUGGCGCAUCAGUGGGAUCCGACGAAGCCAGCAUACUGUAUUAAUUAUUUCGCUGUGGUAGUGUACAGUGGUGUUCUCAAUGUGGUGACCGAUUUCAUUAUUCUCGGCAUGCCCAUUCCUCUCAUAAGGAAUCUCCAGGUUUCGAAGAGCAAGAGACGGGGGCUUAUAAUCGUCUUCUCAUGGGGCAUGGCCGCAUGUGUCGUGUCCAUUGCGCGAACGGUCAAAGCUUCUGCCCUUACAUCCACUGAUUCAUCAUGGGACCUGGCUGGCGCUCUCUAUGCCACCACUCUGGAGCUCUGCAUAGGAAUCAUCUCCUCUUGUGUCCCAAUUCUUCGCCCCGCCGUCUCACACAUUUGGACCACUUUUAGCGGCUCUAGAGUCUUUUCCAGUCAAACUGGGGGUACUAAGACGUAUGGACUUCACACAUAUGAGAAGUCCCUUGAUAGUACCCAGCAGCCUCUCAGCCACCACACUGGGGAGCGGUGCUGUUCAGGCGAAGUUUACGUCUUGCGGGACUACUCGGUGACGAUUGAGUAA